AUUAUUAAUUAUUUGGACUGAAGUUAAAUGAUGUAAAAAGUUUUGUUACGUUAUUAGUUUUUUUUUUAUAAAACUAGGCUUGAAGAGAAAUCACGAAGAGAUUUCUUGUAAGCACAAUGAAUCGACAUCAAGUUUUAACUGGAGCUGUUAAUGCAGGAGCUCACUGUUAUGCAGUUGGAUCUGUUGAAGGUGUUCCUUUUACUGCAUAUGCAGCAGGUUGUAAUGUUGUGAUUCUUGCCAGCAAUUUUCAACGAACACAGAUCAUUCCUGGAGUCCAUUAUGGAAAUGUCCAAGUUGGAUGCUUGGAUUGUUCUACUGAUAUUGGAAAAAUUGCUGCAGCAUAUGGUAAACAGGUCUAUAUAUUUGAGCCAACUCCAUUGUUAAAUGCAAAUUCAUCUCAUCACUUAGAUUACCACUGGGUUCAGACAGCAACCAUUUCUGCUGAGUGUUAUGUUACUGUGAUGUCAUGGAACUUGGAAGGAACACGACUUUUGAUUGGAGGAGAGAUAAUACAGCUAUGGCAUCUAGAAACUUGUACUAAGGAGGACACAAUUGAGGAAGAAGGAACUAAUUUUCAGUUAGGGCAAGAGGAAUACAUGUUCAAGACUGAUACAGAAGAAUGUUCCAAAUGGGAAUGUGUAUGGAAAUGUAGGACUGCUCAUCCAGUCAGUAUUUUAAAGUUUUCACCAGAUGGAACUUUGUUUGCAUCAGCAGGUCAUGCAGAUAGACUAGUUAAAAUAUGGUAUGAAAACAAAAAAGUGAAUUUUACAUCCCAUAUUGGUCAUUCACUAUCUGGAAGUGAAAUUAACUACACAUUUAUUUACAUUGCUCAUCCCAGAGCUGUGACAGGUUUUUCAUGGAGGAAGACUAGCAAAUAUAUGCCACGGGCUUCUGUUGCCAAUAUGUUGGUUACUUCAUGUCGAGACAACAUUUGUCGACUUUGGGUGCAGACUCUGCUUCCUGACGAUGGAUUGAUCAAUCUGCAGCAAAUUGAGACCCUAGCAAGCCAAACUCCUCGACUUCAUACUCAAAGGCACAGACAGCGUAUCAUGCAGCGUUUAAAGCAUAUGAAGUCUUUCAACCAGUAUAAAAGACGACAAGCUUCACAGUUGACGGAAGAUCCUCAUGAAACCAUUCCAACCUUACCCAGUACCUACAGUGUGCAUGACUUCCACAGUUUUGGUUUUCAUGGGUCUGGGAUAGCUCCUGGUCUUCAUUUUCAUCUUGCUGCUAGUAUUAAUGCAGAAACUGAUAUUCCACUUGUGCCUAGUAUGAGUGGAGGAAGUGGCUUACGAGAACCAAAUUUUGUUCUCCACUGGAUAAACAACAAAGAGUUGACUUUCACUCAAGCGGCUGAACAUCUGCUACAGGAAGUCAGCCAGAAAGUUUUGCAGACAGAAGGACAUGAGAGUGACAGUGAACAGGGGAACAGUGAUGAUCAGGAUGUUCAAGCAGAGACAGGUGUUAAGAAGACUUCAGUUAAGACAACCAAAGCAAAAAAAUCUAAGCUGUAUGGAAAACAACAGAAGUCUUUUUCUUAUGAGGAUUUGAAUGAAGAUGCAACUAGUAAACACAGUUUCUCGACUGUGUCUUCAUCAGCAUCCCUAGCUACAGAAUUAUCAAAUACAUCAUUACAGAGUCCUCUGGGUGAUGCACUGGACAGAAAAAUUGAGUCAUUGCUAAGAGAGUGGCAUCAAGGACCCGACCUGUUAUUCAGCAUCCAUCCUGUAGAUGGAAGUUUACUUGUUUGGUUAGUUGAUUGGCUGGAUGAAUAUGAUCCGGGGUCAUUUCGUCAGGCUCAAGUUAGUUUUUCUUCUCGUAUUCCAAAUGCAAUAUCCUUGAGUGAUGCAGCUACAAUGUCUCACCACCUCUCCCUUUACUUUCCACGUGCUGGUCUGGAUCUUCGUGUGGCUAUGCAAGGCUUUCAUAGUAAAGAAACCAAAGAUUAUACUAGUCAAGAUUCACCAUCCAAAAUAAAUGAAGACAAAACAGCAUCAUCACCAACCAAAUUACCCGUGGAUGGCGGAUUGGAUCAUAAGAAAAGGGAACCAAAAUCAGCAUUUCACUUAACAACACCUGUUGUUUGUAUGUUGUCCAAACACAACAAUGGCAGUCUCAACCUGUGGCACCUUGUUUUUGGAGAGAACACUGCAUUUACUCAGGUUUUGAGUAUAGGACAUGCUGCACGAGUAUGUGGUCAUCGUUUUCGCAUCAACGACAUUACCUGCCAUCCAGUCCUGCCAUUGCUUUUGACAACCUCUCACCACAACCUUCCAGGUAGGAGUGGAUCGGGAAAUAACUCUGCCCCUGUGACUCCCAGCUCACCAAGUUGUUGUCCUCCUAAUGGUCUACCACACAUUGGUUUUUGUAGUGAACUGAUUCUUUGGAAAGUGGACCCUGUUGGACCUCUUUCUAAAUCAGGAGGGGUAACAGAGCUAGCAAGAAUAAAUUCUCUUGAAACUGCUGCUUUUGCUAAUGUAGCAUGGGUCCCAACAUUACUUCCUAGCACAACUUUGGGAAACAUAUCAAACUCUCCAAGUGCAUGUUUUGUGGCUUCUGACGGUCAACAACUAAGGAUCUAUCAAGCUGUUAUUGAUGCCAGGACAUUACUAGCUGAAGUUUCAUCUGCUAAAAGGAAAUACAGGAACUCGGAUCUCAGUUUGUCCAGUAGCACCUCUUCGGGCCUGGGGUACAGACAGCUUAGCCUGCAGGAAACUUUCAAAAUCAUCAGCUUACAGUCAACUUCCCGACCAGGAUGUAUCAUUGAGUUAGAUUCUAUAGCCAAUGCCACUCAUGAUUGGAAGAAUACACAGCUACUACAUGUAUUCCAGGAACAAUUAAUUAUAGGAGAUAAUAUUAUGUCCAAAUACAGCAGUGGAAUGGAAGGGAAAGGAAUGGGUCUAGUUGAGCCUAAUCUUCAGGCAGUUAUUGAUUUACAACAUAGCUCAGUGUUUGAAGAACCAUUUUAUUUGGUUGUCUUAGAGAAAAAUGAUGAAGGUUUAUCAGUUCUUCACAUGUGGAGGCUAAUAAUUGCAUCUCAAUCUGUUGAAGAUGGUGGGGGACAAAACUUCACUUAUGUACCCGAUAGUGACCUUGUUCAAGACAGUGAUCAUUCCAACCGGUCAUCAAGAAGUAACACACCAGAGCCUACAGGUGGUAGUAGUUUUUCAUCACCUCAGGCACAGCCUUUGAGAAUUACAACAAAAAAGGUAUGCACUGAAGUACUUCCUUUGCCAGAAGAUGUUGACAUUGUUCAUGCUGCUCCAGCUGUAGGUCAUCUGAGUUCUUCAAACAUAUACCCAGCCUGUUUUGCACCCUACCUGGUGUCCACCGCAUGUUCUGAUGGUAAAGUCAGAUUUUGGAGAUGUGAAGCUAAAGAAACUGGAGAUUUAGCAGAACCAUUCAAGUACACCUGGUUAGAAUGGGAAAUGAUGUUGAAUAAAACAUCAAGUGCCAUCCAGGUUCCAGGAGAUCCAUUGACUGUAAAUUGUGCAUACAGUGGUCGUAUGGCUUGUGCAUACAAACAUGGAAAAUCCUUCACAAGACCUUCUUCAGGAAACCCUCAUGGAAGAUAUGUAAACAUAAGUGUAGCCAUAUUUGAGUGUGAAUCAACUGGAGGCUCAGAGUGGGUGCUUGAGGACACAAUCCAUCUAAAAAACAUUGGGCUACCUCAGCCAGAUGGCAUUGCAGAUCUAGAUCUUGGGUCCUUAUAUAGUGCAAGUGUACGAAAUCGUCGUACAGUUAACACAUUUGUGCAGAAGCUUGGGAGUGAUGAUAUAGCAAGUGAACAUGCACCCAAUCUUCAGAGGCUUUUAUCUGUUCCUAGCUAUGCUACACUUCAUACGCUUCGACGCACUAUUUCAGAGCAAGGAAACCAGUCACUGCUUACCCAGAAGUCUCUUGUUGACCUAGACUGGGUUUCCACUGAAGAUGGUUCUCAUGUCCUCACAGUAGGAGUGGGCUCAAAAAUUUUGGUGUUCACCCCUGUGUCUACCGAGAUUGCAGAGGCAACUGCUGAGGCCAUGAAUACGUUCAAUGCAGGUGGCAGGCCUGCAUUACUGAAGCAGGCGUCAUCCAUGUCAAUGAUACCACACCACAAUGAAGAAGUUAGAUGGAUGAGAUUGAGGACCACCCAUUUAACUACUGUAGAUGGUCUUCCUCCUCUUCCUAUGCAGCUGUCUUGGGUGCGAGAUGGAAUUCUUGUGGUUGGAAUGGACAGUGAGAUGCAUAUCUACACACAGUGGCAUCAGUGCAAAAACAGUUUGGAUGACUUAGAACAAGGUAAAGACAUGCACAAGGACACAGAAGUGGUAGUAGGAAGUCGAAAUCUGGUGGAAGAAGAGUUAUUGAGUCGGGCACAAGAAACCUCCCAGCUUCCUUUUUCCUCUACUUCUCCCUCUGGUUUACCAAGAAACAUUUCAUCAAAUGUCUUAACAAUUGGAAUUGAUUCCAAAAAGAAACGUGAAGCACAAGCAAAAAUUAUAACUACUAAUGACAAUAUCUUCAAUGACAGUCCUCUACCUUACUUUGGAUUAUUUGAGGCUAGCCGAUUAGCCUGUCCAGUUUUGCCUCAAUACCACCCUAAACAACUAAUGGAACUUUUGGGCUUUGGAAAGAUUUCUCGUGUGAAAGCUAUUUUGAGUCACUUAGUUCGGUGUAUAUCUGGUACAGGGCAGAUGAAGACACAGAAGAACUACUUACAAGUACCUGAUCAUUUUGAAGACAAUGAGACAGAUGCGAGGGGUAGUCCUCGCUCCUGGGCCAAGUCCCGAGCAUUUUCUUUAGCUCCCACUUCACCCAACCUGCGAAGUCCACUAGACCCUCAAGGAUCAGUAUCAGUUUAUCCAGAAGAAGUCCAGCUAGACUAUGUUGAAAUCACUUCUAUCCCUCCUUUACCAUUAUCUACUCUUUUAGAUGCAGACAAGGAAAUAACCACAAGGUCAACCCCUACUCAUACAGAAGAUGGGAACAUUGCACAGGACUAUAGUGAUUUAUUUACAACUGGAGUUCAUGAAAUGGAAGAUUCCUUGGAUGCUAUUCUGAGCAAUAGUUUCAGCUUAGGUUCAAAAAAGGAAAGACAAAAAUUACACGUACCGGAACGCUCUUUUUUGACAUUGUUUGACAAAAGACAGGCUCAUUUACUGACAAAAUUGCUAACACACACUCACCUUCCUGGGCUUUCAAGUCUAGACCAAAUGCACCUUUUAGCCUUGGCUGAUACUGUUUCAUCUUUCAGUACCACUUUGUCUGAUAGAUUCAAUUUUGAUCAAGAAAAGCAAGUUUCUGCAAAGGACACUUUAUCAAACAAGUUGGAUGGAAUGAACAUACAAGCUUUGACAGAAUCUUUGGAUGAUUGUGGUUUACGUUUUCUACUUGCCAUGCGUCAUUACACCUUCCUGCUUAGAUGCCUAAAAAUUGCACAACGUGCCCAGUUACAGAGACAAGGGCUGAGAACAGACUCUCUUGUUUGGGCUUUUCAUUCUGAAACACAAGAAGAACUACUUCAAUUUGUUCCAUGCGUACAGAGAGGAAACCCACGAUGGAGUGAACUUCGAGAAGUGGGUGUGGGUUUGUGGGUGAGAAGUAACAACACUUUACGCAAGCUGAUAGAAAAGGUAUCCAAGUGUGCUUUCCAGGCUAAAAAUGAUCCUUUGGAUGCAGCACUCUUUUAUUUAGCUAUGAAGAAAAAGAAUAUCGUAUGGGGACUGUUUAGGUCAGUAGGUGACCAGAAGAUGACUGCUUUUUUCCAGAACAACUUUGCUGAAGACCGGUGGAGGAAAUCUGCCUUAAAAAAUGCUUUUGCACUUCUUGGAAAGCAGCGUUUUGAGCAUGCUGCUGCUUUUUUUCUACUAGCAGGAGCAAUUCAAGAUGCUAUUGAAGUGUGUCUAAACAAGUUAAAUGAUCUUCAGUUAGCAAUGGUCAUUGUUCGCUUGUAUGAAGGAGAUUUAGAAACUACCCCUCUAAACCUGCGAAGACUCAUUUAUGAAGAAAUCCUAGGCUGUGAUGCUGAAGGAAACAACUAUUCUGUGUCACAUGCCCAUCCUGAUCCUUUUCUGAGAAGUAUGGCACACUGGCUUCUGCAGGAUUAUAAUGGAGCCUUGAACACACUCCUCCAAACUGGAGUUGGACAAUCUCACCCAAGAGUGCAAGAUGAUGAUGAAAAAUCUAGCACAAAACAGGCUUCAGCUAAUCCAAGUGUGUUCAACUUCUACCUUUAUCUUCGCACUCAUCCUCUGGUAGUUCGAAGACAAUUAGCUCAGACAGUUCAAGACAAGAAGAAAGCUCGCUCCCUCAUGUUAACUGGAUUCAAAUACAGUAUUGAUCCAGCUGAUCAAAAAUCAGCUCUACAGGUAACAAAUGACAUCAUCACUCCUUUGGAGCGACGGCUGUUUUUCACAACUGCUAAUUUACAUUUUCGUGCUGGCUGCCCAGCAUUAGCCCUUGAAGUACUUUCCCGGUUACCAAACCUGGUGGCAACAGAUAUCUCCGUUCUUGAGGAGGGUGUUCCCCCAAGUCCUGAUCCUCUCCUUCAGUUUAAAACAAAGAAUCUGAAUCAUGUGAAGUCUGGAACUUUGGAUGAUCUGGAUGAAACUGAGAAAACUGUUCAGUUGGAUUGGAGCCAGCCAGUCACUAAAGAAGAUAAUGCAUUGGAUUUUGAUUGGAGUACACCAGUUGUUUCAAGUUCAGCUUUGGAUGAGCCUGUAUCAUUUAAUGUGUUGGAUGACUCAGAAUCUAGUUCUGAUGAAGAAUCAGGAAUUAGUGUGAAAGCCAAAGUUGACACUGAGAAAGUAAAAUCUUCCAAAGCUGAAGAAACUAAACAGGAUACAAAGUUGGACAUCAUGGCUCAGCAGCUAAAGUUUAUAGCCUGCUUAAAGAUUAUGAUGGAAGAAUUAAGCACAUUAGCAACUGGAUUUGAAGUGGAUGGUGGUCAGCUGCGUUAUCAGCUGUAUAUUUGGUUAGAAAGAGGAGUUGCUGCAUUACGGGAACUUUGCCGCUAUGGAUCCAACAUUUCUUCACAUAUUUCUGGUAAUGAGAAUGUAAUUGGUGUAGAAUCUCUAGAUAUUGGAGGAGAGCAGCUAUUUUCAUCCAUGACUAUUCGCUGGGAUGCUGAAAGCCGAGGCGAAAACAGACCCACCUUACACGAGAUUUUACAGGCUGACAAGCAAGACUUUGAAGCCAAACUGAGACGCGCGUAUAAACGAAAACAGUGGCUUAAAGCAAACGAGACAUUAUUACGUACAUUACUGAGUUACUGCAGCCUUCAUGGAGCACAAGGGGGUGGCCUAGCAGCUGUUCGUAUGGAACUUAUUUUGUUGCUUCAAGAGCUCCAACAAGAUCGUUCCCAACAGCAGUUACUUUCUCCACUUCCAUUCCCAACUACUUUACCUCUCCUAGCAGCGAGUGUUGCUUGCCAAAAGACUGUCAUAGCUGAUCCCAUUCGUCACCUUCAGGCUAUGACCCAUGACAUACUUCGUUGCAUUACAGAAAUAGGUAAUCCACCUUCUGUUAACAGAGGAAACUUCAACCAGGUUAAUGUACUUCAAGGGUUAGGCACAGCUCUUUCUGCUUGCAUAUACCAGUCCCUGUGUGAUAGUGACAAUUUCAAUGUGAAGCAGAGUAGUUCCACUUUGGGAACUGAAGAUUUGAUGAGCUCCAGUGUUGUCUUCCACAACAGUCAUCUUCUUGCAGGAUAUUCAAGAAGACAUCGUUAUUGCUCCGAUGGGUCGGAUCCUCUUAUUCCUAAUACUGCUCCAAGUAAAUGGCCAGGUGUUCAGUCAUUAAGAGCUCUGCUGGCACGUGAUAAAGAUGAAGACUCACCAAAAUUGCACACACUUUUAUCUGAGGCUUUUUUUGCUGUAUAUCUUAGUCAUCUAGUGUAUGGGCUUGCAACUUGUGACUGCCAAGUCCUCUACCGACUGGUAGGACUGAACCUGUCAGAAAAAACGUGGGCCAUGUUGUAUGGUGGAGGUGCAAAAAGACUGUUGCAUGUUGCUACUUCAGGUCAACAUCCCCUAACUAGCAGUAGUUCAGAAAAAAGUACACCAGGAGAGGAAGGCUUAUUAAAUACACUUUCUAAGCAGAGGAUGAAGCUUCACAUGAAACUUCUUGGGCAACUUGGUCAAAGCACAGCUCAGGCAACUAUCAAGGAAGACCGCCCAACGUAUAGAGAACAAUUUGUUCCUCCAGAGAUGUCUAUGGUGUCUUGUUUUAUGUCCAAGCCUGAAUUACCAGAAGAAUAUCAACCUGUAGAUUAUGACUCAAGUGAAUCACUCCCUAGUGAUGAUGAUGAUGAUGAUGAAGAAGAAGAUGAAGUUGAUGGAGGUGAUGUGUUUGGUGACUUUACUGAAAACACAACUGGUGCCAUAAAUCAUGCAAAAAAGUCUACUAAGACAUCAAAGCUGGAUCAGCUCGAUCCCUCCUCCUAUUCCUGGGAAAUUAUGCGCUAUGCUAUCCUAAAAUUGGUACAUUGUCACAUGCUCACCUUUCUUGGUGUUGCUGGUAUUGAUUUACCAGAACUCCCUGUCUCUAGUCCUAUGAUUCAUUCUGUAUUGAGAACUUUGGAACUGUGGCUGCAUCAAGUCAAGAUGCACAUGGAAUCUUUUGGUAGUCCACCUCCUCAUUACUUACCAGAGUGUUUUGUUGAAAGUAACCAGGGUGGUCCAGCUAUUCAGAAAUAUAAGGCUCUGCUUGAGCUUCAGAACACACCUUUCAGGUCACAGAGUUCAGCUGCUCUUCCUGCCAAAAGACUUUGGAACUUUUUAGUUCGCCAGGAACCUGUUCAAGAUAUCUUCAUUCGCUACAUCUUUUCUAGAAGACAUGCACAUGUUCAGGAGAACAGUGCAGGGCAAGACACAGAUUCUGUAGAUUAUCCUACUCCAGAUCUAGUUCGAGUCAUUCACAAAGACCAAGAUAGUAUUACAACUUUUUGUGUCAGUAAGAUUAAUGCUGGCACCAUAGCUUUGGCCACUCCUAAAGAAAUCCAAGAAUUGGAUAUCUCACUUCUUCUGGAACCAACUCCAUGGUUGGAAGAUGAAGCUGAAUUUGAUAUAUUGAACCUUGAGAAACCACCAGAAUUACUCCCAGCAAGUGACUUUUUAGUUGUUCAACAUCCCUCUGAUCGUGGAUCUGGAAGUAGUGGGUAUGGGUUAAUAUCUGGUGCUCCAAACUCUGUUGGGGGUUCUUCUUACAAUAGCCCUACAGGGCCCGCUCCUCCUCAAAUAGGGAUACAGACAGGCCGUGGUGCUGCCAUGAGUAUACAAAAUCGCAGAUAUGACAGUGGUAACAAGAGGUACACCUUACUAAAGGGGCACCACUUCCCUGGCAGCUCUAAUCCCAAGUUCUGUCAGUUUGUCAUUGAAAGGAGUCGUCACUUACUCAAACCGAGUGUGCAGAGAGAACGUGAACGUCUACCAGUACCAGCUGAGCUCAAGAGACACAGGACAGAUGGAGUGAGAAAGAUGUGUGCUCACCCUCUACUGCCUCUUUAUCUUUCUGGAGCACAGGAUGGGUCUUUACAAAUGUGGGAGUGGGGUCACCAGCAAGGGGUUUCUUCUCCUCGACAACCAGGAACUUUUGCCAAAGUCACAAAUGUUCUCUUUAACGUACAGGGAAAUAAGUUUGGAGUCACAGAUGGAGAUGGAAAUUUGAGUCUCUGGCAAGUGGGAUUAAGCAAUGUCACAGCUAAACCUUUUUUUAGUGCUCAGUGUCAUAGCAAGCAAGUCAGUGACUUUGCUUUUGUCAGUUCUUCCAGCUUAAUUGCCACAGCUGGUCACUCAGCAGAAAACAAGAAUAUAUGUCUGUGGGAUACGUUACUACCUCAAAGGAAGGCCAUGGUGUCUGCAUUUAUUUGUCACGAGCAAGGUAGUUCUGCUGUUGUUUAUGCUCCUCAACAGCAAGUGUUGAUCAGUGCUGGGAAGAAGGGUGACAUCUGUAUAUUUGAUGUACGACAACGACAACUCCGUCACAGGUUUCAAGCUCACGACUCUCCUAUUAAAUGUUUAGCUUUGGAUCCAGGAGAAGAAUAUUUUGUCACCGGAUCAGCUGAUGGUGAUAUAAAGGUGUGGGGUUUAUCAGUUCACAUCUUGUUUUACUCUUUCCUUGGAGAACACUCUCGAAGCACACUCUUCCGAAACAUUGGUAUGGGAGUUUCUCAAGUGUAUGUUGACUCUGCAGGUCGACUAUUUUCAUGUGGUGCUGAUGGUUCUAUGAAAUUGAGACAGUUACCUGAUCGUGACUCCAUCAUUAAUUUCUAUAAUUAAUAAUAGAUAUCUCCAUCAAGAAUCUUGUGGUUAAUUUCAGUGAUUAUUUGGUGUUAAAAGUUUGAGCCAUUGGAAAAUUCUUUUAAUAUUAAACACUUGAUAAUUUGUAAUUAAAUAGCUUUAAAUUAAUACACCAUAAGAUAAGGUAAUCAAAUGAUAUGAGGAACUGUGGUUAUCAUGAUUAGUCUUUAUAGUAAUUAAUAGGUGGGAAUACCACCCAAAAGUGAUUGUCAUUGCAUACUGUUUAUAGACAAGAUUCACUGUUUGACAUACUAUUUGUGGGCUGACAUUUGUAAAUAUCAAUGGUAACCAAAUCAUUAGUCCAAAGUUCACUUCUAUAAUGAAAAAGUAGCAUAAUCGAUGUUUGAAGUUUAACCACUGUAAUUGCUAUAAAAGUUUGGUAGUGUCUAAUCAAGAUUUCAUGGGUAAUUAUUGUUCAUUUAAUUGCUAUUAUAUGACCUAAUCGAGAUUUUAUAUUUAAAUCUGAAAGAAACACGAAAGAGUAACCUGAAAGAACUAGUGUUUAAAUUGUACAAUUUGUAAAUGUUUACAAAUGUGUAA